AUGGAAGUUUUAAAGAAACAGCAACGUUGUUAUGGAUUUCAUUAUAAUUAUCCUCUAAACGAUGUGAAAUAUAUUGUGAAUGAGAUAAAAGACAAAGGCAUGACCUCUAGCGAACCAAUAAAUAAUAUGUACAACCAUUUUACCACAAUAUUCAGUGUCACAUGUUCAGCUGAUAUCGAACUUAUAAUAUUGGUUAAGUCUUACGUUGGACAUUUUGACCAAAGAGAAGCGAUUCGCUCCACAUGGGGAAAAUGUCAUGGGGAAAAUGUAGGAGUAGUUUUCCUUCUAGGAUAUUCCACCGAGUUUGUUGAACAUGCAAGGUACGAAUAUGCUGAACACAAAGAUAUAGUUCAAGGUUCAUUUAAUGACGAAUACAGGAAUAACAUAUAUAAAACAUUGAUGGCAUAUGACUGGGUUGUAUCGAAUUGUUCAAACAGCCAGUUUGUCUUUUUUGUUGACGACGAUUAUUUUGUAACUAUACCAAACCUGUUAAAAUUUUCUCGUGAAAAAAUUAGAUCCGGAAGAGAUGUGAUGUUCGGACAUAAGCAGUGUAAUAGAGAUCCGGUGAGAUCAAGAAAAUCAAAAUAUAGCAAAUGGUAUAUAUCAGAAAGAGAAUACCAGCCACUUAUUCUACCGCCGUUUCUUUCAGGUGGAUCUGUUCUUACUCACAUUAAUGUCGUACGAAAAUUGAGAAUAGCAUUUCCUUAUAUGAAACCGAUAUAUCUUGACGAUGUGUAUGUAUCAUUAGUUGCACAGAAAUUAGGUUUAAAGAUAUUACACGACGAAAGAUUUGUCAACGAUGAGGUAAGGAGAAUGGAAUUCAACUUUAUUAUAUCAUGUCACAAUUUUAACAGUACAGAAUAUUUAUACGAAGCGUGGUUGAAAUUCAAAACACCAAACAUAUUAGUUGGUAGUGUUCACGUUGAUCUAUGUAGUACCAACUAA